AUGAAAGCCUUCAGUCCGGUGAGGUCCGUUAGGAAAAACAGCCUUUCGGACCACAGCUUGGGCAUCUCCCGGAGCAAAACCCCGGUGGACGACCCGAUGAGCCUGCUGUACAACAUGAACGACUGCUACUCCAAGCUCAAGGAGCUGGUGCCCAGCAUCCCCCAGAACAAGAAGGUGAGCAAGAUGGAAAUCCUGCAGCACGUCAUCGACUACAUCUUGGACCUGCAGAUCGCCCUGGACUCGCACCCCACUAUUGUCAGCCUGCACCACCAGCGACCUGGACAGAGCCAGGCGUCCAGGACGCCGCUGACCACCCUCAACACGGACAUCAGCAUCCUGUCCUUGCAGGCGUCUGAAUUCCCGUCUGAGUUAAUGUCAAAUGACAGCAAAGCGCUCUGUGGCUGA